AUGAACCUCCACACAAGAUUCUACUAUCUUAGCGACUCUCCCCUCCUCAAAAAGCAGAAACCAUACAUGGUCCGCGCCGGGGUCCUGAAAACCAUCCCCACCUGCAACUACCGCCUCAAACUCGGCCCAGAGCAACUAGUCGAAGAUGUUCGCGGCUCAACCGAGAAGUUUACGCUCUCGGACCACGGCUUUAAAUUUCGAUCGUGGUCUCCUACAGAAAUUGACUGGGACGACGAAAACCAGAUCUUGCAGACUUUUUUGCCUGAGGCAAAAGCACUCCUUAGGGAAGAGCUCGGGCUGGGGGAUGCGUUUAAGCGGUGCGAGGUGUUUGAUUGGCGGAUGCGGAACACGGACUCUUCGACCCGGAUUAAAAGCGUUGACAAGGGUCGGAUGACCAAGAUCCGUCAGGCAAAUGUCGUCCAUAUCGACCAAAGCCCAGCCGGCGCCUUCGACCGUCUGCACCGCCUCCUCCCGAAGGAAGAAGUAGAGGAACUGGCCACAAAAUACCGGGUGCAGAUCUUCAACGUCUGGCGCCCCCUCAAAGGAGUAAUCUCACAAUGGCCCCUCGCCAUCUGCGACGCGCGCACAUCCACAAUGUCCGACCUCGAUGAAAUGGAACACAUCACCGAAGAAUUCGUCCGCACUAGCUACCUGGCGAAAUAUAACCCGCAGCAUCGGUUCUACUAUCUCAGUCGGAUGACGAAUCAGGAGGUCUGCAUUUUUAAGAUUUUUGACUCUGCUUAUCUUAAUCCGAAAGAUGAUCGACAAGAAACUGUGGGCUGUCCGCAUACAGCGUUUAAGAUCGAGGAAUUUACGGCGUCAGCGCCGAGGGAGAGUAUUGAGGCGAGAAUUUUUGUGUUUUCGGAGUAUUGA